AUGCCAGGCUUCGCGUUCGGCUCGUACUCAUUCAUCUGCGAUGAGAUCGCCAUGGUCGUCUGUCCGCUCCUGGGCAGUUCCGGCCUGGGGCUCGAACCCGUCUGCUACUCUCGCAACGUCGAGAUCAACAAGACGAUCAUCUUUCAGCCCGCCACCUGCUUCAUCCACAUCGCCGCGCUCGUCAUGACCGCCAUCAUGGUCUACCACAUUCGCUCUAAGUACACGGCGGUCGGGCGCAAGGAGAUCGUGCUCUUCUUCUACCUCUAUGCGCUUUCGGAGGUGCUGGUUAUUUUCCUCGACUCGGCGAUCGUUCCGACGUACUCGGCGGCGUAUACGUAUCUCACGGCGGUAUAUGUGGGAUUGAAGACGGCGAUCUUUUGGUGUCUGUUGAUCAACGGGUUUGUGGGAUUCCAGUUUGCCGAGGAUGGAACGCCCAAGUCGCUCUGGUUCCUGCGUCUUUCUUCCGUCGUCCUCUUCGCCGUCGGCCUCUUUGUGUCCAUCGCCACGUUCAAGGGCUUCGCAGGCAUGUCGCCGACCAAACAGACCGGCCUGUGGAUCGUCGAACUCAUCUUCCCCCUCGCUUGCGUCAUCAUCUACGUCGUCUCCCAGGUCCUCCUCGUUCUGCGCACGCUCGACGACCGUUGGCCGUUGGGUGACAUCACUUUCGGCCUUUUCUUCUUCGCCGCUGGGUUGAUCCUCAUGUACGGCUUCGGCCAGGAGGUCUGCCGCGCAGUCAAGCACUACAUCGACGGCACCUUCUUCGGCUCCCUCUGCAUGCUCCUCGCCGUGAUGAUGGUGUACAAGUACUGGGACAGCAUUACCAAGGAGGACCUCGAGUUUAGUGUCGGCUCCAAGCAGGCUGUGUGGGAGGUUAAAGAUCCGCUCUUUGCGGGUACGGGCAGCAGCGAGGGCGACGGAACCCUCAGCGUCAGUGGCAACGAUUGGAGAGGUAGUAGCCCAAACAGGUUGGCUCCCACCCCGGCCAAGAGCGCUAUGGGUUACCCGCCCCUCGGCAACUACUCGCACUAG